AUGGGUCAUGGGGUCAGAGGUCAAAAAGUAUGGAUCAUGGGUAAGAGGUCAAGGCACUAUGAGUUGCUAUGGAUCAUAUGGUCAGUUGGUAUGCGUCCAUGGGUCAUAGGUCAAGGGUAUUGGUCAUGGAUAAGUUGCUAUGGAUCAUGGGUCAUGGUGCAAGGAUCAGAAGUCUUAGGUCAUGGAUCAUGGCUCGACUAUGAAGAGCAACCUCAGAGCACGAAGAACACAGAAAACCUCAAGAACACGAAUAACAACCUCAGGAACACCCAGAACAAUCCCAAGAACACGGGGAACAAUCUCAAGAACACGAAUAACAAGAAGAUUAACCCCAGGGACACGAAGAACAAGAAGAUCAACCCCAGGAUCACGAAGAACCCUAAGAACACGAAGAACAAUCCAAAGAACACAAAUGACAACCCCAUGAACACGAAGAAGUUUCUAAAGAACACAAAGAACCCUAAGAACACGAAGAACAACCUUAAGAACAUGAAGAACAACCUUAAAGAACACCGCGAAGAACAACCCCUAGAAGACGAAGAACAACCCCCAGAACACUUAGACCGCCCUGAAGAACGCGAAGAACAACCGCAAGAACGCGAAGAACAACCCCCAGAACACCUAUACCGCCCCGAAGAGCGCGCCGCCCGCAGCGCCGCCGGGGAGCCGCGCCGAGGGCCCGCGGCCGGAGCGCCUCCCUUCCGCCGCACAAACAGCUCCCCAGGCACCAUGGCGAAGCUUCACAGAGGCCAUUAUAUCUCGCCACAUCCCGCCCCGCCCCCUCAGCGGGUUGCCAUGGCGACGGCCAAUCAGGGGCCGGCAGUCGCCCAGCGCUACCAACGGCGGGCGGCGGAUUCAUCUCCCUUUCACCGGCGCUCGCUUCGAUUCCGCCGCCGUGGCGAGCCUCGCCGAUGUCAGGCAAGCGAAGAGGAAGUCCAAAUAGAGUACAUUCAUCCCGAGCAUCGCCUGGCCUCGCCCGGAUGCCUGCCGAAGGCCCGUCCCGGCGCAGGGGAAGGCGCGGCGCUGCGAGGGGCGAGGCAGCCAAUGGGCGCGCGGCGGCGACCCCCUGGGAGCGCCGCCGCCGCCGCCGCCGUCGCCCGCGCUCCCUCGGCCGCCUCCGCCGAAUUUUCUCCUCGCCCGCUGCCGUCUUUCUCAACAAUUUUAAUAACUACACGCGGGAACCUCAAAAUCGCCUUAAAAACGCGGGAAGAAAAAGUGGCGGGAAACACACCCCCGCCGCCGGACCCCAAAACCGCCCCUAUGACCCCCGCGCGCAAGACCCAAAAUCCCUCACGCGGCCGUUCCCUUCCGCGGGCGCCAUUUGUGACGGAGUAUCGGCCGCGUCACAGCAAGAUGGGGAGCGUUUCCUCGGCCAUCGGAAUAUUCAAAAAAGAAAUCAAUCUUCCUUCCAGCUCCAAGUCCUCUCGCAUCUCCGAUAUGACAUCCUGUCCAUUGGGAGUCCUGUCAAGAGACCCGGAUGUCCAGCGUAACGGAUGGAAGUGA